GAUUCCAAAGAGGAAGUGCCUGGGCACCGCGUGGCUACUCUGUCAGAUGUAAACAAAGCCGUAGUGCUUCGGUUUAAGCCUAAAAUAAAGUGAAAUACGACCGUAAUGUUGUGAGGUAACUAGGUAUGUGUGUUCCGUGAACUCCAAAUAUGGCUUUCUCGCGCUGUCACGCUUGGCGCAUCAGUUAUUUAGAUGGAAAAAUGAACUAUGUUAGCCGGCGGAUGCUUCUACCGCCCAUUUCCAGCUAUCUCGGUUUUAUAUCCACGUAAAGUUUUUUGUUUUAACACACCCUCUGCAAUGCUAAAUACGUUUUUACUUCAGGUGGAGGGGUUGUUUACGAUAAAUAAUAGUAUUAAGCACUACUAGUUCGAUAUGGAUUUUAAAGACAGUUUAUAAUCACUGAUUUUGCUCAAAAACAAAACUGACCCUUGGCCAGUCACGUGAUCCCCAUGCUUAAAAACACAAAAAGCAGAUUAUUUGUCUCUCUGCUCAACUGGUUGCUCCACAAAAACGGCAACAUGAAGUUUUUUAACCUUUUUGGGCGACUGAAAUCUGUGGUUAUUGGAAUGAUUCAUGUUAAAGCUUUACCAGGCACCCCCCUGGGCUGUAUGAAUAUGUCCCAAAUCACAGAAGGAGCAUGCAGGGAGGCAGAAAUCUACCGCGAUGCAGGAAUUGAUGCUGUGAUCAUCGAGAACAUGCAUGACAUCCCUUACUCGUUCUCUGUGGGCCCUGAGGUGACGGCCUGUAUGGUGGCAGUGUGCUCGGCUGUGAGGAGCAUCUGUCCACAGCUGCCGCUCGGAGUGCAAAUACUGUCCUCUGCUAACCAGCAGGCCCUGGCAGUCGCUCUGGCUUCAGGUCUGGAUUUCAUCAGGGCCGAGGGGUUUGUGUUUUCCCACGUGGCUGAUGAGGGACUCCUGAACGCCUGCGCCGGAGACUUACUGAGGUACCGCAAACAGAUCGGAGCUGAGCAUGUUCAGAUCUUUACCGACAUCAAGAAGAAGCACAGCUCCCAUGCCCUGACCUCAGACGUGAGCAUUGAAGAGACGGCGCGUGCUGCAGAGUUCUUCCUCUCAGACGGACUCAUCAUCACAGGAGCGGCUACAGGUCAUCAGGCUGACCCGCGGGAGCUCAGAGAGGUGUCCCGGUCUGUGAGGAUCCCGGUGCUGAUUGGUUCUGGGGUAACCUAUGACAACAUUGAAAGCUACAUCGGUGCAAACGGGAUGAUCAUUGGUUCUCAUUUCAAGGAGGGGGGCCACUGGGCCAACGCAAUCGACCCGGAGCAGGUGAAGAGGUUCAUGGGAAAGAUACGUGAGCUCCGAGAAUGAGAGGUGUUUGUGUUGUCCCUGCUGCUACAUUAAACACAUCCAGCCCCCAGCUUAAGAAAACAAGACUUUAAUUUUUGUUGUACAUUUUAGAAAUACACGCAUAGAAAAACAUAAUAUUCAACUGUAUUUACACUCGUCUAAAAUGGACAAUUUGUGUAACGUGAAAAUAGUGGGUAAUCGAUCAAAGCACAAACCAUGGUUUUGUCUUUUCACACCACAUAAUUACUGUACAGCUCACUGUGGCGAGGUACAAGCUUUACAAUACUUGUUACAAGAACAUCUAAAACUAAGGCACCGGAAAAAAAACAUACUGAAUAAAACCAAAGACAGUCACCUGCCAUACUAAUCCACUCUUCAGGUUUGAAGUCUUCAUAUGUGAACUCGCUCACAGUAACACAACUUUUAGAAUCACACACACACACACACACACACACACACUUAACUUCCUAAAAGCCCUACAUCUGGUUAUAUCUAAUGGAUCUAUUUAUUUAUUUAGUUGGUAGGGACAGUGCUCAUUGAUUAACAGACAAGUUGCUGUAAAUAAGCCAGAGUUAGCUGCUAUGCUAAUUUCCAUCUGUUGUUCCUAGCCAGAUCUUAAAAGGCACCCUAAGAUAUAAAAAUACAUAAACUGAUAACAAAUAAUAAACACACCCUCAAACAGACACAGACAAUGCACGCCUCUCACUAUACCCUCCAUAUAAAAAUUACAGCAUACAGUAGGUUACAGUAUGAAUAAAGAAAGGAGGGAAAGUCUAAACUCAU